UGGAUCACACAUUCCCUUAUAACGUCAGUGUGUUUAUUGAACUGUUUAGUGAACAUGUUUACAGUGCACCGGUUAACAUGAUGUUGGAUUGUCUUAUUUUCCGGAACUUGGAAGUUAAAAACAUCUCUUGGAUAUAAAGCUGAUAUCUCUUGGAAUUUAGCGUUCUGCAAAAAUAAACAAGAACUGGUCAACAAACAGUACUGCUUCACACUGCCUUAGGGCGUAUACUCUACUGGUGUACCAAUUAAUUUUCAACAAUGAUGAACUGAUGACAGUUGGAAACUAUACGCUGUGAAAGAUGGAUGUAAGACUAAAGGAAACACUAUUGUUUAUCUUCAGUUUGUCUUUCGUCUAUAAGACGAACGCCUAUAUUCAAGGUGCGCCUUCAAGUAGCUGCUUUAAUUUAUGGCCAGAACAUGGAGAUUCGCAGGCACAACCACAUACAACUCUACCAUAUACAAUCACAUUACCUAACCAUCAAAACGGAGCUAUUUAUAGACCAGGAAAUAUUAUAAAUGUGACAAUAGCUGGAAACUUCGAUCUCCGAGGUCUGCUGCUGAAGGCGCAGGAAGUUGGCAGUUUGAACCCUCUAGGUCAAUGGAUGGGUCCGUUUCCAAACGAGCUUCGAACUCUUCAAUGUACAGAGGGACCCUCAUAUGCCGUCACCAAUUCUUUAAAUAGUGUGAAGGAAUUGCCCAUGACGCUGUUAUGGGUGGUCCCAAGUGUAGGAGUCAAGAGAAUAGAGUUUGUGUCGACCCUGAUGACGCAAUAUAAUUACUUUUGGGUCAAUGUGACGUCAGUCAGCAUCCAAUUGGACAACACCAGGGGAGUGAAUACUGGUAUGGUAUGUGAUCCUAAUCCAUGCCUUAAUAACGGACAAUGUAACCCAAUUGACGAUGACCUCUACACAUGUACAUGCCCUGUAGGCUUCAUAGGACUCCAUUGUCAACAUAGAGCGUCUGCGUGUGCAGCUUUGCCGUGUCAAAAUGGUGGCAUUUGUUACCAAGGUGAAACAGAUGAGGCUUAUCUUUGUCAAUGCUCUGCGAUGUUCACAGGAGGGAACUGUGAAAAACGACUGAACUGCUCAGACCAGCCAUGUAGGAAUGGAGGGCAGUGCUUCUCGUCAGAUAUUGAUAGCUCUUACAUCUGCCAGUGUACUCCACUCUUCACUGGAGUCAAUUGUGAAACUUUAGUAGUGGAAGCCUCAUGCGCUAUGAACCCAUGUUUAAAUGGAGGAGAAUGCAGUCUGGAUAAUACAACGACAUCCUACAGGUGUGCCUGUACAAUGGAGUUCACUGGAACCAAUUGUGAAUAUAGAGCACUUGGAUGCAGUGUUGAACCUUGUCAGAACAGAGGCCUUUGUUUCCAGAGCAACGUUAUGAGUUCCUACAUAUGCCAAUGCCCUACUGGUUUCACUGGUGUCAACUGUAAAAGCUUAUCCGGGGUUGGGUGUGACGGAGACCCAUGCUACAAUGGUGGAGUCUGUUUCCCUGGUAACACUCCAGAAUCAUUUGCCUGCCAGUGCCCGCCAACAUUCACUGGCGCUCAGUGCUUAAUCGCUCUAACUUGUGACCAAGGUCCAUGCAUGAACGGAGGAACAUGUAUCCGUGGCAACCAGCCCGAUUCUUUCAUCUGUCAAUGCACAAACGCCUUCACUGGGAUUUUUUGCCAGCUUCAAUUGACAUCGUGUUUAAUGGAGCCUUGCUUGAAUGGUGGUACAUGCUAUGAGUCUAGCGAGGGGUCAUCUUAUGUGUGUGUGUGCUCGGCUGGAUAUCAAGACGCACACUGUCAAACUGCUAUCACUGCCUGUUCUCAGAGCCCCUGUCGGAACGGUGCAUCGUGCUUCCAAGCUUUAAACACCCCCAUUGGUUACUUCUGCUCAUGUACAACUGGAUGGGAAGGAAUUUAUUGUGAUGAGCCGAUCGAUACGUGUGCUUCUAGUCCAUGUGUUAACGGCGCAUCAUGCGUCAAUUUACAAACCAUCUACAACUGUCUGUGUGCGUCUGGAUUCUCAGGCAGGAAUUGUGAAAUUGAGGUCCAGUCCUGCGAUGACAACCCUUGUAUGAAUGGAGGAACCUGUACACCGUCUGGUAACACUUUCACCUGUACGUGUCCGGAUGGUUGGAAUGGAGAAUUAUGUCUGGUACCUGUAGAUCUAUGCAAUCCAGACCCAUGCCAGAAUGGAGCAGUUUGUACUAAUAUGCAGACUUCAUAUACAUGUAACUGCACUGCAGGAUUUACUGGCAUGGACUGUGAAGACGUUGUUACAGCCUGUUUGAGUGCUCCAUGUGAAAAUGAUGGCCUGUGUUUUGAAGGAAGUGGAUUGUUUGAAUAUCGCUGUGUAUGUUCCGUCGGAUGGUCAGGAAUGAAUUGUGCUCAAGUGGCCUUCCCGUGCUCCAGUCAGCCAUGUCUAAAUGGAGGAACAUGUUUUGAAGGGUUCAGUAAUGCCACUGGUGCGUACUUAUGUGAAUGUCUACCAGGAUGGGGAGGAGUCAACUGUGACAUUGAAAUCCGUACCUGUGAAAGCCAACCCUGUCUGAAUAAUGGUACAUGCUUUGAGAACUUUAACAAUGGAGGAUACCUCUGUGAAUGUCCACCCGGCUGGAAUGGCACUCUCUGUAAUUCACGACUUUUAACUUGUAGCAGCCAGCCAUGUCUGAAUGGAGGACAGUGCUUUGAGGGAACUGAUGGUUAUGCUUGUCAAUGCCAAGCUGGUUGGACUGGAACACAUUGUGAUACACGUAUAUUGAGCUGUGGUAGUCAACCCUGCAAAAAUGGAGGAACUUGCCUGGAAGGUGGAAACAAUUUUGAAUAUUUCUGUCAAUGUUCAACUGGAUGGGUAGGACUGAACUGUGACACUCAGGUUGAUGUUUGCGCGUCCAGUCCUUGUCAGAAUGGAGCCACAUGUGUGAAUGGACAGACAUCUUAUUCUUGUCAAUGUUCGGCUGGAUGGACAGGACUGAACUGUGACACUCAGGUUGAUGUUUGUGUGUCCAGUCCUUGUCAGAAUGGAGCCACAUGUGUGAAUGGUCAGACAUCUUAUUCUUGUCAAUGUACGGCUGGAUGGACAGGACUGAACUGUGACACUCAGGUUGACGUUUGUGCGUCCAGUCCUUGUCAGAAUGGAGCCAUAUGUGUGAAUGGUCAGACAUCUUAUUCUUGUCAAUGUACGGCUGGAUGGACAGGACUGAACUGUGACACUCAGGUUGAUGUUUGUGUGUCCAGUCCUUGUCAGAAUGGAGCCACAUGUGUGAAUGGUCAGACAUUUUAUUCUUGUCAAUGUACGGCUGGAUGGACAGGACUGAACUGUGACACUCAGGUUGAUGUUUGUGUGUCCAGUCCUUGUCAGAAUGGAGCCACAUGUGUGAAUGAACAGACAUCUUAUUCUUGUCAAUGUACGGCUGGAUGGGCAGGACUGAACUGUGAGACACAAAUACUAAGCUGUGGAAGUCAACCAUGCCUGAACGGAGGAGAGUGUUUUGAGUCGCCUGGUCCAUUUGGAUAUGUUUGCAGUUGCAUAGGAGGAUGGACAGGAGAUACAUGUCAAACAUCUGAUGAUAAAUGUUCAUCUAAUCCUUGUUUGAACGGAGCCUCAUGUAUUACUCAGGACACUUCCUAUGUCUGCCAAUGUCCACUAGAAUGGACCGGACAGAUUUGUGACACACUUAUGAUAUACAUUGGUAUGGAUAUGAUCUUCUACCUGAUCCCGAAGCCUGUGGCAUACGUGUACCCACCAUUGACCUCGUCUGCAACCACACAGGAAAACGGAAUCGUUAGAACGCACAUUCUACAACUGCAUGGUCUGGUUCUCUCCUCUACAUAG